AUGGACGCGGAUCAAUUCAGGAAAGCCGCCCACGCGGCCAUUGAAGAAAUCAUUGCAUACAACCAAGAUCUCCCCAACUACCCUGUGUUGCCGACCAUCAAACCGGGCUUUCUCGCGCCGCAGCUCCCAGCAUCAGCACCGGAGAAACCCCAAGCAUGGUCGGAGAUCCAGCCGGAUAUUGCGUCGAAGAUCGUUCCCGGGAUCACGCACUGGCAGUCGCCCAACUUCAUGGCCUUUUUCCCCGCGGGCGUCACGUAUCCGUCCAUGCUCGGAGAGAUGUAUUCUGCCGCAUUCACAGCUCCAGCCUUCAAUUGGCUUUGCAGUCCUGCGUGCACGGAACUGGAGACUGUGGUGAUGGACUGGCUGGCCCAGGCGUUUCAGCUGCCCAAGGAGUUUUUGAGCACAAGCACAAGUGGCGGUGGAGGGACCAUUCAGGGCAGCGCGAGUGAAGCGAUCGUGACCUGCAUGGUUGCCGCGCGAGAGCGGUAUUUACACAGUAAGUGUGAUGCAGAGGGUUUGAAACCUGGGUCGCCAGAGAGGGAGGAUCGCAUUGCCUUCCUGAGAGGACGGCUGGUUGCCCUAUCAAGUGAUCAAGCUCAUUCCUCGACGCAAAAGGGGGCUCUAAUCGCUGGUACUCGGUAUCGAUCUAUUCAGACGAAACUCGAGAAUGAGUUGUCUUUGAAGCGCGAAGAGCUGGAAGCCGCUCUGGAGCAAUGCAAAGCCGAAGGUCUCGAACCUUACUAUAUCACCCUAACGCUGGGAACGACUUCGACGUGUGCAGUCGACGACUUUGCGGGCCUCGCGCCACUUCUCAAAGCCCAUCCAAAUCUUUGGGUUCACAUCGAUGCGGCCUACGCUGGUGCCGCCCUGGUGUGUCCGGAAUACUCCUCCAAGUACUCACCACUCAUGAUCAUCGCCGACUCGUUUAACAUGAACAUGCACAAAUGGCUGCUCGUCAACUUUGACGCAUCUUGCUUGUUCGUCCAAAACCGGAACCACCUAACACGUGCAUUGUCCAUCUCUGCAGCUUAUUAUACGAACAAGCACUCGGACAGUGGCCUGGUCACGGAUUAUCGGGACUGGCAGAUUCCAUUAGGAAGACGAUUCCGCGCACUGAAAAUCUGGUUCGUUAUGCGGAGUUACGGCUUGGAAGGAAUGAGGGAACACAUCAGAAAGACGGUGGACAGAGGCGAGAUCUUUGCUGAUCUUGUCCGUGGGAGAAGUAAUCUGUUCGAGUUAGUCGCAGAGCCGCGAUUUGGGUUGACGUGUUUUCGGGUCAAGCCAUCUGCCCUGUCAGAGCAAGCAAAUACGGCAAAAACGAAUGCAGACUUUGUGCCACAGACUGCAGCAGAUCAGCAAAGAGAACAGGACGCGAAUGAGGUGACGAAGCAUAUUGGAGAGUUGAUCAAUGAGCGAGGAGAGAUUUUCAUAACCUGUAGCAGCACGGCGGGCAAAUCUUUCAUGCGAGUUGUUAGUGGUAAUCCGCAUGCAGAAGAGAAGUAUAUAAGAGGGGCAUUUGAGAUCAUCGUUAAAACGGCGGAGGAGGCUAUUGCAUCGAGGAAGUCGGUGAAUGGGAUGAAUUGA